AUGUCGAAUGUCCGCGAGAUCGUAGGCGAUAACCCCACCUAUUUCGACCUCAUCUAUCUAGUUCAUCCCAGCGACUUCCUUGCCGCUGAUCAAACACCUCAUGUCAAAGGAACAUCAACCGUCGCCGAGGAUCCAAACGCCGCACGGGCUCGAUCCUUUCGAAGGAAUGUUGUAUGGGCACUUGAUAGAGGAAACGUUAAAAGUGCAUUUGCCGGCGUCAAUCAACAUGCUCUCGAAUACUUUGCUCUAAACACAAGCGAACUCUACGACCUUCAGCACCACAAAGACUUACUUCUGGCUGAAGCCUCAGCUAUUGCUGCGCACCUCCACGAGGAUCGAUGCCACAUCGCCUUCUUUACUCACACUCUAUCUCGCCCCAAUGUUGAUACAUGCGAUCAACUCGUUUUUCCUCAAAUGGCUGCGAAAGCAAAAGUAGUUCUAGCCGUCGAUCAAGUCAGCUUUGAUUCAAUCAGCCGUAACAUUGGUCAUUUGAGUGCAAUAAUCAGGGAGCAAGCUGAACGGGCUUGUCACCACGAGCUAUAUCUCCCGCGAGCGCACACUCCACCAGUAGCACAUUCAGCUACUUGGUAUGUCACUCGUUUUAUCUUCCGCUCGACUGUAGUACUGGCAACACAUGACGACGAAACAACCACCUCUGAAUCCCUCAAUUCCGACGAAGAGGCUGAUGAAGAAGAUGGCGAAGCGGGUGACCAAGACCCUGCACCUCCUACUUACGAAGCUACUUCACAAAAUGCACCCAAAGCUCACAGCGGAUUCUUCUAUCCUAUAUCCCAUACGGUCUUCAUAGUCACUAGACUUGUCAAAUAA